UCAGCACCAUUCGUCAAGUACCUUUCAGUCCGUUGAGAGCAACUCAAGCGAAGCUUAGAAUCAUGGCCCCCAAGAACGAGAAUCUCGCGGCGCGGGUCCACGGCCCGAACGAUCUCCGGCUGGAACCGCUCCCGAUCCCGGAGCCGGCCUUCAACGAGGUGGUCCUCGAGGUCGAUACCUGCGGAAUCUGCGGCACGGACAUCCACUUCCUCAAGGACGGUGGCUUCGGAGCUGAACGGUUGAUCAGACCGAUCGUGCUGGGUCAUGAGUCGUCCGGGAUCGUCAGGAAGGUCGGCAGUUCGGUGACCCACCUGAAAGUGGGUGAUCGCGUCGCGAUCGAGCCCGCUGCCGGGUGUAGAAUCUGCGAUCUUUGCAAGGUCGGCAAGUACAACGUGUGCAUGAAUGGGCGCCACUCGCCGACGCAGAACACCGACGGAAAUUGUUCGAACUAUUUUGCCCAGUUGGCGGACUGCUGCUUCAAGAUGCCUGAUCACAUGACCAUGGAGGAGGGUGCUUUGUUGGAACCGAUGGCGGUGGGCGUGUACGCCGGAAGGCAAGUCGACGUCAGGCUUGGUAGCAAGGUGCUGAUUUUUGGCGCCGGUCCGAUUGGGCUGAUUUGCUUGAUCGCGGCCAAGGCCAUGGGCGCCACGCGAACCGUAAUUCUAGACCUGGAACACGCCAAACAUCGUCUGGAGGUGGCCAAGAAGUUGGGCGUGACCGGGGUGAUCGCGAUCGGAAAGAACGACUCGGAAGAUGAUCUGGUGCGGAAGAUCAAAGAAAUUCUCGGGGGUCCGGCUGAUCGCGUGCUCGAGUGUACCGGAUCGCAGCCGGGCAUGCGCAUCUCGAUCAAGUCUACCCGGAACGCGGGCCGAAUCUGCCUGGUCGGACUCGGCAACAAGGACGUCCAGCUGCCGAUGGUGGACGCCAUUUCGCGGGAGAUUGAAAUCACCACCGCCAUGCGGUACAACCACGACUACCCGGCCGCCAUGGAGAUCGUAGCGAGCGGAUUAGUCGACGUGAAGCCGCUCGUCUCGCACCACUUCGACCUGGCCAACGUGCACGAGGCGUUCCGCGUGGCCGGUCAGGGCGAGGGCGUCAAGAUCAUGAUCCAUCUCAUCCCCCGGGACACCAACAACAAGACCAAGUUCAAGAAUUAGGGACGUUUUUCUUUCGAAUUUGCGAGACUUGGUUCAAUUCAGCUUUUCCAACAUAUAUAUAUUACACAUAAUGAUUAAUAAAGUAGAACAAACUUACCGAA